GGACUUUCAAACAUGGCUCUCCAUCCUUUUGACAUUCCUCAUAUUCUAGAGAAUGUUUCUCAAUACCUAUCGUCCCAUGAGUUGGUGCAAUGUGUUUUGGUUUGCAAGGAUUGGUCUCAAUAUUUCACCUCGUUCCUUUGGCAGGAAGUAGACGCGUGGCAGAUAUCAACCGAGGUUCAGCUCACUGCGCUGCACCGCCAUCAAGUCCAUGUGCAUACACUCAAUGGCUUCCCCCACGUCAAAGGCAUAUCUGCCGAAACAUUCCAUCAAAGCUGGCCCUUCCCUAAUCUCCGGAAGGUGGUAUAUCGGCCACGCAAGGCAUCCCAUUUUAGGCCAUCAAUGACUCUGGUACUGCAGUGCUUAUCUCACCUAGAGUCAGUGGAGACACUUGAGCUGGGUGAAUUGUUUAAAAUCAACAACAGCAGUGGCAGCAAGAAAGACACCAAAAAGAGCGUUUUCGCGGCUAUUAGCGACAGCAAAAACAUCCUGAAGGAAAGGGCCGAAGUGUGCAACGAAUUGUUCAACCUCCUUACAAAAUCACUGCCUAAACUAAAAAACUUUUCGCUACUUCGCACAGAGUUUUAUCCAGAAUUCAUACCGCGCAUCUUGGAAGCUUGUUGGGACUGUCCAAAUGUUUCCUUUGAGUUUAUUCGGACACGGUUGGAUAUGACUCCGUUUCAAGCGGAGGCAACUAUGAGGGUGAUUGAGGAUAUGCCUCCAGCUAAUAUUGAAAGGCUUCAUUUGAGUUGCGGCAAAAUGACAGGCUUCUUUGGCAUGUUUCCGUUCCUAGAGAUAUUGAGAGCUUGCCCAGAUUUAGAGGAAUUGAAGAUCACUGGAAAGACUCAGUCCUACGAUUUGCGAAGCUUGAGAGAAUUGUUCAAAGAAAAGCAUUUCGCGCGACUUAAGCACCUACACUUGGACACCUAUGAUUGGGUUGACAGCCAUGAGCCAUUUCUGAUCGACCUGUUCAAAUUCUCAGGACAAUGCUCUUCUUGUAGAAGCAGUAGCAGCAACAAUGAUCACAUCCUGAGCCGCGACAACGAUGAGAACUACGAUAGUUGUGGUGAAACUAAGGAUUGUGAAAACUGUGGUGGCGGACUUGAAUCUCUAACAGCAUUGACGCGUGUAGCAAGCACGCGGGCUCUUGUGGAGUAUCAUUCUGCCACACUUACCAAGCUUAAGCUCGAAGACUGUUCGAUCGAAGUGCUUUCGAUUGUCCUCAAUGGUUUGCCGAAUCUUAAGGCUUUGGAGGCUUAUGUGUAUCUUGGGAAAGAUGCGGAAGAACAAGUUGAUGAACUCAUUGUAGAUAGUGUGGAGUCAUCCCCAUCAUGGGCAUGGUGUGGAUUGAAGACUUUGACACUACAAAUAAGCUCGUCUGGUAUAAAGUUCCCAAAGCAUUUACCCAGCAACAUUGAUUCAUGGACCGAAUUAUUAGAGGCGGAAUCGCGACUCAAAUUACUCUUCUCAAUUCUGGGUAAAUUGGAACAAGUUGAGAAGCUCUUUCUUCGACCUGAUCAAGACGAGGAUAAAAGUGUUGAUCUUGCCGAGAUUUUUCUACUCAGACGUGGGCUCCUGCAACGACUCAAGUCACUCAAACAAUUGGAAGAACUCCGUUUUGGAGAUGCUUCAUCUCUCGAUCUGGGUGAGUGUGAAGCUAGAUGGUUCGCAGAGAACUGGCCAAGCCUGAAAGCGAUCACGCAGGACUAUUUUGAUGAAGCGGGGAUUGCAUUUAAAGAGAAGAUGGCCAUUCUACGGCCACGUGUAAUUGUAUCAUCAUGGUUUGACUCAAAGGCCAAAGGCAACACUAAAGUUAAAAGAGAAAGAAAGAAAGCGCCAGCAAUGUGAACUGGCUACUACUUUGCUUCAGAUGUCUUGGAUGCUUUACUCGAAUAUUAUAGUGAUUGAAACACCAAAGGCACAUGGAA